AUGACCGCGGAGGAGAAGCGGAGCCUGCAGUGCUACAGGCGGUACAUCGAGAAGAGCUUGAACCCCAUCUACAUCCUGAGCAACAUGACGGACUGGCUGUCGGACGAGGUGAAGGAGAGAAUCCGGAAGGAGGAGGAGAAGGGGGUGACAGCAGCUGCUGCGAUGUUCCUGGAUGUCAUCUUGCAGCUGGAGGAGGAGGGAUGGCUCCGGGGCUUCAUGGACGCCCUGGCUGCAGCAGGUUACACUGGGCUGGCAGAAGCCAUUGAAAACUGGGACUUCAGCAAACUGGAAAAACUGGAACUGCACAGAGAGCUGCUGAAGAGGAUAGAAGCCACAAUGCUAGAAGUUGACCCGGUGAUGCUCAUGCCUUACAUAAACACAUGCUUGAUAGAAAGGGAGUGUGAUGAGAUCCUGCAGGUCAGUGAAUACAGGAGCAAAGCAGCUGGGAUCACGAAGCUUAUUGAAUGUCUGUGUCGGUCGGACAAGGAAAACUGGCCAAAAAGCCUUCAGCUGGCACUGGACAAUGCAGGCUAUUACAAUGCAAGUGAGCUGUGGGAUAUGAGAGAAGAAAAUUUCAAAGAUUUUGAUGGUGAAGUGGCAGAUUCCUCUGAGAACAGCUUUGAAGCCAUGGUGACGUUUUCUGAAGAAGCAGAAUGUGAUAAUCUCAGUGAAAAUCUCUCUUCAGCUUCAGGAGGGACCUGUGAGUCUCCAGCUGUGUAUGAAACAAAGAAAGCUCGGAGUUACCAGAUCGAACUUGCACAGCCUGCAAUCAAUGGGAAUAAUACUCUGAUAUGUGCUCCCACAGGAUCUGGAAAAACUUUUGUGGCCCUUCUGAUCUGUGAACACCACCUGCAAAACGUGCCCCCGGGCCGGAAGGCGAAAGUUGUCUUCCUGGCAACCAAAGUGCCAGUGUAUGAACAACAGCAGAAUGUGUUCAGGCAGCAUUUUGAAAGGAAAGGAUACUCUGUUCAAGGAAUCUGUGGUGAAACAGUCUCCAGCAUCCCUGUGGAGAACGUGUUCGAGGACAGCGACAUCAUUGUGCUGACGCCCCAGAUUCUUGUCAACUGCUUCAAGCAAGGGAUCCUCACCUCCCUCUGCAUCUUCACCCUGAUGAUAUUUGAUGAGUGCCACAACACCACAGGCAACCACCCUUACAAUGUGUUAAUGACCAGAUACCUGGAGCAAAAAUUUGACUCCUCUGCAGACCAGCUGCCCCAGAUUGUAGGUUUAACUGCUUCUGUUGGAGUUGGUAAUGCCAAGAGCAUCAAGGAAGCAAUAGAGCACAUCUGUACCCUCUGCUGCUACCUUGACAUACAGACCAUAUCCACUGUCAGAGAGAACAAAGAGGAUCUGCAGAGGUUUGGAACCAAGCCAGAAACACAUGUCCGGUGGGUUAAAAUGCGAGCUCAGAAUCACUUUGCAGACAUCAUCUCAGGUCUGAUGUCUGAGACAGAGGCGCUGAUGAGGAGGAUUUACUCAGUGGACACUAUCUCCCCAAUCAACAAGAAGGAUUUUGGAACACAGAGGUAUGAACAGUGGAUAGUCACCACGCAGAAGAAAUGCAGGCUGCUGCAGCUGCCAGAUAAGGAGAAGGAGAGCAGCGUCUGCAGAGACCUUUUCAUCUGCACUGAACACCUGCGUAAGUUCAACGACGCUCUCAUGAUCAGUGAAGAUGCUCGCAUUGAAGAUGCUCUGGCCUACCUCACUGAGUUCUUCACAAACGUCAGGAAUGGACCCUACACACAGUUAGAGAAGCGACUCACAGCCAGAUUUCAAGAGAAAGAGGCAGAACUGACUGCCCUUUCAAAAGAUGAGUCCAAUGAGAACCCCAAGCUGGAAGAGCUUGCUUGCAUCCUGGAUGAAGCAUACCGCUACAACUCCGACACUCGCACUCUUCUCUUUGCCAAGACAAGAGCCUUAGUAGCUGCUUUGAAGAAGUGGAUAGAAGCAAACCCUCUGUUGAGCCACAUAAAGCCUGGAGUGUUGAUGGGUCAUGGAAGAAGAGAUCAAAAAACAGGUAUGACCCUCCCCAUGCAGAAGGGUAUACUGGAUGCAUUCAGAACCAACAAGGACUGCAGACUGCUGAUUGCCACAUCUGUUGCUGAUGAAGGCAUUGACAUUUCUGAGUGCAACCUCGUUGUGCUCUAUGAGUACUUCGGCAACGUCACCAAAAUGAUCCAAGUCAGAGGCCGUGGAAGGGCAAGGGACAGCAAGUGCAUCCUUGUGACAAGCAAAACAGAAGUGGUUGAGAAUGAGAAACACAACCAUUACAAAGAAGAAAUGAUGAAUGAAGCUGUAGAGAAGCUGCAGAACUGGGAUGAAGCAGCAUUUGCAAGGAAGAUACACGACCUGCAAAUUAAGGAGAAGGUGUUAAGAGACUUCAGGAAGAAAGAAACAAGACCUCAGCUAGUGGAAGGGAAAAAGAAUCUCCUGUGUGGAAAAUGCAAAGCUUAUGCCUGCAGUACAGAUGACAUCAGAGUUAUAAAGGUAUCUCAUCACACUGUCCUAGGAGAUGCAUUCAAGGAGCGUUAUGUAACAAAGCCACACCAGAAACCAAUGCAGUUUGACUGUUUUGAGAAGAAAAGCAAGAUGCACUGCAAAAACAGUAACUGCCACCAUGACUGGGGCAUCAUAGCCAAGUACAAGAUGUUUGACAACCUGCCCGUCAUCAAAAUCAAAAGCUUUGUAGUGGAGAACGUUGAAACUGGGAGACAAAUGGACUUCCAGAAGUGGAAAAACAUCAAUUUUUCUUUGAAGAAUUUUGAUGAUGAAGAAAUGUCCAUCUGA